AUGAGCUUGAAAGAAGUAUUCGAACAACAUCCAUGGAGGUCAUUUAAGAAGUUCAAUGAAGCUGCAAAGAGUUGGGGAUUUACUAACAGAGCUGAAGUGAAAAGGUUCUUUGACAAAAAUGUUGUACAUCAAACAAAAAUAAACCCUUACGACUACUUUUUACCAAUUUACUCCAACACUCCUGACGCAUACCAAUUUGACACUCUCAUUCAAAGCAGAAAAGGAGGACAUAAACCAUUCCUCAUCUUCAUUAAUGUUAACACUCGUAAAGCAUAUGCAUAUCCAAUGAGGAAUAAAGGAACUCAUGAAGUUUUAAGAGUUUUACAAAAGUUUGUAGCAGAACAUAGCCCAAGUACUUUAACAUCAGACCAAGACAGUGCAUACCUCAGCAAUGAAAUCACAGAUUUUCUCAUUAAGCAUAACAUAACUCACUACACUACUGAAGACCAUAACCAUAACAUACUCGGCAUCAUAAACCGCUUCAUAAGAACGCUCAGAGAUUUAAACCAAGAGCGAGACUUUACCGAAGAAACAAUGAAACAUUUUCUCGAA